GAGCACAGGGCUCACGCGCACACACAGAUACACAAUACUACCGACAGAUCCGCGUCAGGAGCCCAGCCGAGGAGAGCACAUUGGAGCGCAUGAAAGCUUCUUCUGUGAGAGGAAACGAGAGGAAAACGCAGGGAAAAAAGAAAUAGAGGAAAUCCCCCGAAAGGAAAUGCCAAUCGCAGCCGCUGGACAGCCGACGACCCGGGAGCACAGAGUUUGCCCCCGGCUGCCCUCCACCCCGGAGCCUGGCCCUAAAGGGGCUGAUUUAUUCGACGAGGCGGGGGCGGCGGAGUCGGCGGAGCGAACAGAGUACGGGGGCUCAGAGGGGGGCAGAGGACUCGGGGGCUAUAGUUACACCCAGAGCGGCGCUAGGGGCUUUGCACAGCCAGGAUCCACCAGCUCUCCGCCGCAGUCCCCAGCCGCGUCCUCAUCCUUUCUCCUCCACCCGCUCCACCCGCACCAAAUGGCAAUGGAGCCCCCAAGGACUCGAUCGCGUUCUCGCUCUGGAUAUUACCAGCAGUACGGUGGUGGUGGUAAUGGCACUGGAUUUACCGGCAGUGGAGUGGGAUCUAACCAUCACCAGCUUCACCAUCAGCAGCAGCAACUAUAUCCACAGCAGCAGCAGCUGGGUGCCGGUUGCGCACCACUUGGAGCACACAGCCACCACCCGGAGCACCAGCAGCGAUCCCCAGGAAGUAACACCUCUCCCGGCAUUCAGAGGCUUUCUUCCGUUCCCGGAGCGCACCGCAUCCCGGCUGCAGGGGCCUCUGGUGGAUCCUACCACUGCUACCCAGACCAUGCAUAUGGAGAGGAGAGUGAUAAGAGUGAGGAAAGCCCCAGUCCAAAGCGCCAGAGGCUGUCCAGUCAGUCUGUUUUGGAACAACUAACCUCAUCCGCUCCCCCACCUUCCACGCCGUCUCCCCCCAUCCGCCCCUGGGAGUCAGGGCCCUCAAGCCGGAGACAACCUCACCCCCAGAUCCAGUUCCACCAGGAGCGAUGCCUCACUCCUGCUCGGCACAGACGAAGCCCACCAGCAAGGCGUCAGCGUGGCCGUCUAUCCAGACCAAUGCGUCAUUUGCCACCCCAUCUGCACCCCUCCACCCAAGGCCCUGCACCUCGCCUGUCGCCAUCCGAGCUCCAGGAUGAAAAUUUCCACCACAACCCCCAUCCCUCCACACACCAGACGUACCCAACACACCCGCCCAGCACCUAUGGUCAGCCCCUGACAGCUGGUGUUGGCGGGCCAGGGUCGGACGAGCCCCGGGCUUUCCACCCCCCUACCCUGUCGCCACGUCUACUGCAUCCAGCUGCUCACCACCACCACCACCUCCAUCAUCAGCAUCAGCAUCAUGCAGCACACCAACAGCAAGGAGCCAUGGUCCUAGACCUGCAUGAACAGCUGCAGCAGGCCAGUGUACCAGUGUCCUACACGGUGACCCCAGUCCCGCCUCAUGGUCUCUCUGCACCUUUGUGUAGCGGUCAGCACCUUCCCCCUUCCUGUUCUUCACAACAGCAAGUCCCUGCUUGCAGCGUGGUCUUCAGCACUGGACAACACUUCCACCCGAUGCUACAGGCAUGUUCAAUGCAACAUUUGCCAGUGCCCUAUGCCUUUCCGUCACUGCUGACCAGUGAUCCUCAGUUCCUGCUUCCUCCUCCACCUCACCUCUCUCACCACGCGCCUCACCUCCCCACACCCGCACAGUUCCUGCCUUUCCAGACGCAACAGCCUCGAUCGCCGUUACAGACGAUCGAAAAUGAGGUUGAGCUUCUGGGAGAGCAGCUUUCAGUGGGUGGAGGAUUCAGCUACGCCCACCACCACCACCAUCACCACCAGCCUCCCUCCACCUUGCCGCCCUCCACCCCACUCCAGUUCCUCUCACACCAUGACCCCCUGUCACAGGAGCUUUUCACAGUGCCCUAUCCCCACUUCAUGCCUCGCCGAUUCACAAACCGGCGCUACCGCUCUCAGCAGGCAGUCCCCCCGUCCCCCUACCACCCCAGCUUCCUGCCUUACUUCCUGUCCAUGCUUCCUGUGCCCCCAAAUGUGGCCCCCACUAUCAGUCUAGAGCUGGAUGUGGAGGACGGAGAGGUGGAGAACUAUGAGGCCCUGUUGAACCUCGCAGAGCGUCUCGGAGAGGCCAAGCCCCGUGGUCUUACUAAAGCCGAUAUAGAACAGCUUCCAUCAUACAGGUUCAACCCCAACAACCAUCAGUCUGAGCAAACACUGUGUGUGGUGUGUAUGAGUGACUUUGAGUCUCGCCAGCUCCUCAGGGUUCUGCCCUGUAAUCACGAGUUCCAUGCAAAAUGUGUAGACAAGUGGCUGAAGGCCAACCGGACCUGCCCCAUCUGUCGAGCCGAUGCCUCAGAGGUCCAGCGGGACUCUGAGUGACCUCGUCUGCUCCAACACCUACAAUCUCCUGCUCCCUUCGACUCCCAUUUGGAUGCACCAACUUCUCUCCUUUAAUAAUACAGUAUACAAUUCACACACUGCCACAGAACUGGGACCAAUGCUCCUUAACGCUUCACUCUUUGUCAUCGAGGACACCAAACUGUCAUUCUCACGUGGGAUCAGCAUUUAUGUGUGGAAACUUUCUACUGACUCGUGCUUACUUGAUUGCUGGACUUCCUAUAGGCCUUCUAUUCUGGACUACUACUCUGCCUUCUACUCACAGCUCCUCCUUUCUAUGAAUGGCCUUUACAACACACAAUGACAUGCGCAGGUGGAGAUAUAAAUGUGUAUUUUUUCAACCAUUCCUCUACGGAGAGGGACAGACAAACAGACUGCUUUGAAACAUGUCUGUAUAGUUGUACUAUCAAACACUGAGGGAGAAUUGGCAGCCCAAAGAAUUUUUUUUAUUUCUUUGUUAUUAUUGUGGUUAUAAUGAAGCAUCCACAUCUUGCUUUGCAGAGUAUUUUUUACUAGAUCUUUGUUUUCUUUCAACUAGACCUUAUUUUGAUUUGCGUGUAUUCAUGCAUUCCUUUUGUUGUGAGAGCUGUGUGUAUGGGGUAAAACAAAAGAUACUGUACUCUGCGUCAAAGGGUCAGUGUCUUUGGGGCAGUGAAAAUAUACUGUUUGAGAACUG